GUUCUAUCCCAUAUGAAUUGUAACGAGGGUAGGUAUAAGGUGUAGGGAUUAAUUUUAAAAUAUAAAAGACAGUUUUACCCUUAAUGAAAGGUCAAGAAGAGGGGAGAGGAGAAAUAAUGUUAUUAAAGAUAGUUAUGUAAUUUUACUACUUUACCAAUUUAAUUCCCAAAUCUUACCAAACAAUGGAUAACAUAAUUUUAAUCCAUAUCCCACCUAUUAAUCCCUUAUCCUACCUUCUUAUCUUCAUUAUCCCUAUCCCUGUUGCCAAACGCCCCGUUAGGGUAACAAUACCCUUAACCUUCUCUUAACAAAUACCCUUUUCAUUCCCUAAAAAAAAAAAAAAAAACCCAUUUUCGUGAUUAGACCAAACAAAUGAAAAGGUACGGAGUAAUAGUUAAAUGAUUACCCCUCUUAUUUGUUUCCUUUUUACUCUGUUUCCAUUUUCCGAACCAAACAUAAUUUAUUACUAUCUCCGUUACACAACAGGUAGUAUUUACUUAUAGAGUAGCAGUUUAGCUUUGGCACGGAAUCACGGAUACAUAUGGCAUCCUAGUACGAAUACAAUAAAAUUUCCGAAUCACGUCAACUUUUGACAAUAUUUUCUCUUUUCUGAAAUAAAAAAAAAAAUAUUUUCUCUUUUCUUUUUCCCAUUUGUAUCUACUCGUAUUUCACAGUUGCGCUCAACCCUCUCUCUCCUCCAUCGCAGCGCAGUCUGAAUUCCCCAUUGAAGCUGCUGUUGAGGGUCAAGUAAGAGCAUGAAGCGAUACUAUUCAAUUCUGGAUGAAGGUGCUGUCAGAAUCUAUACUUAUGAUGAUGAUUCUGAUGCAUUUCAGCCCUUGCUUUAUCACUCUUUCAAUUUGAAGAAUUUGAAGGCUAUAGGUUGGUCUCCUCUUGGGUCUUAUUUGUUGUGUCUUGGAGAAAAAGAAUUGUGUGUCUUGCAUACUGAACCUCCUUUUCAGGAAAUUGUGUUUCCUGCGGGUGGACUGGUUGGUGCUGCUGAGUUUUCUCCAAAGGAAAAUUAUAUAUCUCUCUUGUACUGGGUGUCGGAAAACCAACCGGAUGUGAAGCUAGAAGUUUGGGAGGCAAAGACUGGAAACAUCAGAAUAAGUUUUUGUGGAAGCAGCUCUCCAGAAACGUAUUUUGCUUCAGUUAAAGAUUACCUUAAAUGGGAUUACAAUGAUAACUACUUUGCUGUCCGAGUAUCCAGCUCUGUGAUUAUCUAUGAAACCAAAACAUUUUCUCAUCUUAAACAUCUGAUGUUUAAGCAAGUACAGGAGUUUGAUUGGUCACCUUCUGCAUCAAUACUAGCAGUUUUUGGCAAUUCAUAUAUGAAAAUUGUUGAUAUAUGCAGUGGUAAGAAAUUGUAUGGUUAUUCUUGGGAGAGGGUUGAAGGUUACAAGCUUUUGUGGCAAAGUGCUGGGGAAUAUCUUGCUUGUAUAUGUAGUGGGACUAAUUACAAAAAGAUUUUUCUUAUUAGCUUGAAAUCUGGAAAGGCCGAGUUCAUUAGUCCUCGUCUUGAUUAUAUUGAUUUUGCUUGGGAAGGAAACGGGAAGCAAUUUGCAGUUACUCGUGGAGCUAAUGAGGUGGGGCAAACCACAACAAACUUUUACACAAUACAAGAAGAUGGAAAAUAUUUGAGGCACAGGAUUAAAACACUAAAGGGUAUGAUUGCUCAUUUUCUUCAUUGGUCUCCAAAUGGUCACUAUAUGGUGAUGCAAGGACCGUUAAAUGGUUCCAGAGAAUUAUACUUUUAUGAUAUUAAAAAUCAUCAACUGUUGGCCCUUGUAUACUUCAUAGCCAUGGAUCUUAGAUGGGAUGGUAGUGGCAGGUUUUUCUUAACUCGGGCUAGUCCUAAAAAUAUUUUCGAGAGUGUUGUUCGGAUCUGGUCUUCACAUGGGGAGAAACUUAUUGAUGUUGGAUCACUUUAUUUACCUAUGUUUUGGAGCACUAAGGUGUCAUGUGAUGCUGGGAACUCGGAGAUUGAUCUAACAAAGGAAUCAUCGUCUUAUACAAGAGAUGGUGAACAUUUUGUCGAGAAGAGACCGAUAGAUGAUUCCACUUUAGCUCUUCUGGAUAAACUAAGGAAGCUUUGAUCGUGAUCUGACAACUAUAUACAUUUGGUAAAGUUAUCAAGCAGGACAAGCUAGCUUCAGAACGACAGCAAGCGCAAGGCCAAGUCUCGAUGAUAAGAUGCUAAAGCAGCUGAGGUGCAUUAGUAAUUUGUGUACACUGUAGCCGUGUAGGCUUAAGGCUUGAAGAAAGGAUUGAUUGGUGGACUCAAUGUUGUUAUUUGGCAAAUUGUUAGCAUAAUGAUAUUUUGAUUGAAGGGACUGCAAAAAUGGAAUUACUAUUUCAAUUAUGUGAUUACUCUAAGUAAAGAUUGUUGUAUGCUUGUAUCUCAUUCUUUAAUUUUAACAUAUAUUCUUAGUACUGUUGUGUUAAUACAUAAUACUGGUAAAGUGGUACUAGUAAUAUAUAAUACUGUAAACAUAAACAAAUAAAGAGAGUCUAAUUAAAAAUAUUACGGUAAAGAAAAAAGUUGUUAAAAAGAAACCUGAAUCCAACGAUCAAAACGCAUAGAUAAAAACUGGAGUACUAAUGAUCAAAUUGUUGAUUCUCAAAAUUCAUCAUCAGAUCGUUCAUCAUCAGUUGCCAAGU